AAAUACAGGUGGACUUUGUUAACUCAUCGUUAUCUUAUCUAAGUAGAUGUCAUGCUAGGAUUUGCUUAAGAACCUACAACAAUUCCAACAGUUUGAUCCCAACAGAUCAAAGGAGAUUGUCUGGCUGUUAUUGUGAGGGAUCAACAGUAUGUCUGACGAAGAAAUACCUUUUAUAAAUGUGGAGCUACUGACAACUGGACUUUCAUCCUCUGUAAAAUGUAGCACGCCUGAAUUCUCCUUUGAAAACAGAGAUAACUUUGUGGGAAAGAAUAUAGAGCUAUCCAGAAUAGAACAUGAUAGCUUUGAAACACAGAAAAUGCUUUAUGAAUCAGUCUUGUUCAAGUCUGGGAUACCAACCAUCUCUCCCAUAUCUAAAUUUGUAAACCCCAAUGAUGAAAGUUUUGAGAAAAUUUCUUCAAGUCCUGAGAAUACUCAGAAGCUCAUGAUUAUAAACAGUGUCAGUUUUAAAACAGGAGCUAAACAAUGGAACACAGUUAUGUCAAGCAAAUCUACAUAUUCUAAAGGAGCAAAUCUCUCAACGAUCCUUGAAGAAAGCCAUCAAAAUAUGGCUUUAUCAGAAACUGAACAGAUUCACAAGUCCGGUAUUGCAAAUGCCACAGGUGACUCUCCAGUUGAAGAAAUUGCUGUUGAAGAUGACCAACCAAUACCAACAUCUCCCAAACUGUUCAGUAAGAAAAGUAUUGAGGAAAUCAUUAAAGACCAAUCCAGGCUUCUUUCUCCGAAAUCUCCUGCCAUUGACCUAAAUAAUGUUCGGAAAUCUAUUCGCAAAAAGAGAAAGUAUAGGAAGAAAAAAAUGCCUAUUGAACAGCAAAUUCGGAUAAAAGAAUGGACAAUUCGCCAGCUAACCAGCAUUGAAGAAGCCACAAAGCAUGAACUACUUGUAGAAAUUGACUAACUGUGCAGAAGGUGUACAUGUUUCAAAAGAUAUAGCAGAUGCAUGUUUGUAUUUUGUUAAAAUGAUGAACUCUGCCUGUGCUGCAUUUGACCUGAAGAUACCUUGUAUCAGUUCGGGUUUCCUAAAAUGGGAAAGUGUUCUGUUUAAUGGUUAAUGUCUUUUUUGAUAUCAUGAACAUGAGGUUCUGGGAAAAGGCAAAGAAUGAUAUCCAAUUGAAUUUAUUGCAUUUACUAUACAAUUGAAUAAUACAAGGUCUUCAGCAAAGUAUAGUUAGACAUUAGAAAUUAGUUGUAGUUCAACAGUUAAGAAAUUUCCAUUGCUCUAAAUGAUGCAGAACAAUUAUUACUAUUUUUCCUUUUGUGAGACUUAGAAAUUGAUAAAUUAGAAUAUUCAGCAGCUAUUCCUUUUCGAAGUUGUUGUAAGUCCCUUUAAACCUGCAACCUGAAUUAAGAUUAGUAACCAUUUCACAAGAUGGGUAAACCCAUUUGAUGCCUGGUAAUUUACAAGGUGGCAUUUCAGAGCUGUUCUAACCAUCAGAUCUUAUACAAGUUGCUAUAGUGGAUUCAUACCCAUUCAAUAUGGAUUACGCUUCACAUAUUUGAAAGCUGCACACAAAAUAAAUGCAUGUAUGAAUAAGAGACGGUUAUUAAGAAAAAAAUGAGGAUGUAAGAUUUCACUAAUUAAUCUUACUAACCUUCUUUGCAGCAAAAAUUUAUUUCCUUCAAACAUGCAUGCCUAUUUUAAAUAUUGUAAUAAACUUUAGUAAUUUCACUAAUUUAAAAAAUGGCAAUGCAAGCAAUUAUCUACUUUGUAUAAUUUUCCUCACCCACUGCUUUACAAUGUACUUUUUCUGAUACGGCAGUAAAAUUAUUCAUUCAGAAAUACUA